UCCUGGAAGAGCUUUAUAGUCCAACUUCACUAAUUCUAAGGUUUGAAUGCGUGUCUCCACCGCGUGGGAUUUUUCGGAGUCGGAAUGUGAAUGCUUAAUUCGAUUUAAUUUUUACUCUUCUGUAAAUUCUAUGACUCAAAUAUAUAAAUCAGUUAGAAAUAGGGUAUAAAGAUGAAAGCAAUGUGUUUCAUCUGCAGGUGUGUGAACAAAGCCAGUGCUUUUAUUUAAUGAAAUAAAGGCGGCAGAUUAACUUUUCAAAAUUUCGAACUUACAAUUGAAGCGACUCCAUUCUACUGCAGGAACUAAGAAUCACAUAUGUAGGCGGUCCCCUGCGAUGCCUUUGAUUUAAAAUACUUGCAUAUAUAAGGACAUACAUAUAUUGGAUAUCCUUCUGUGAGUUGUCCAACAUAUGUAGGUAUGUCGCCAUCCAAGUACUCCUCCCGGGACUUUGCGUUCGACAGGUUCCUGUGUUUGUACAUCAAUUAGAUGACAUUUCGUUAGCAAAUUACUGAAGUAUGAGGUCUGGCCAUUAACAUUACGUAUGCCAAAUCCAGUAUCGACUGCGUAACCGGUUGAGCGGAUAUGAGCAGAUGUAAUUAAGAAUUGCAGAUCAAUCACCCCAUGCUUGCGGAAAGAAGGGGACUUCCGAAAAUUCCUGGAUAAGUAUAAAAUGUGGAGUUACAAGUCAGACAUAAGCAUUCUGCUGCAUCAACUCAAAAUGAGGCUACAAAUUAUACUACUGGUCGGGCUCCUGGCGCUGAUUAUGGUUCAAUCCCAAGUACUCCUCCCGGGACUUCGCGUUCAACAGGUUCCUGUGCUUGAAAAUGCCAAGAUUCGAGUAGUGCAGUACCUGGACGCGGCGUCCACAGUCACACCUGACUUGGUAAAGAAUCAAUUCAGUAGGCGAUUCACUACGCUGGCCAAACCUUUAGUUAGUGGUGCUGCACCCCAAACUCGCCUCCCAAAUUUGUAA